CAUGCGUCUACGAAAAAGGGACACAAAAUGGCCGUCUUUGUCGCUUCUCUGUGGUGUAGGUAUUCUCGGAUUUGGCCAUAGAAAAUCAGAGUAGUUCCGAUAUUUUUUGAUUUGGAACUUUGUCAUAUAAACGUUUUUUAAUGUAAAACUGGCUUCGAUAUUGAUUAUGCCCAAUUUAAAGUGACCAAAUUUUCAUGAAACUAAUUCUUCAUAAUUUAGCACAUAAUGUCUAAAAAUUAUAUCGAAAUAGAUGGUUCUCUUUUGGAAGGUGGUGGACAAAUUCUGAGAAUUGCAUUAACAAUAAGUGCACUCAAAAAAAUUCCUGUUAAUUUAAAUGGAAUUCCUAUAAAUCUGUGUAUGACUGUGUAUAUGUACUAUUAUCGUGACAAGAGCGGAUUUGUCUCUACCGGUGUUGAAUUACUCAGAGAUAUAUGCUCCGCCAAUGUUAAAGGUGCAUCACUAGGUUCUACAGAAGUAGAAUUUUAUCCAGGAGAAAUUAAAGGCGGUAAUUUCCUUGCACAGGUUAAAACUGCAGGCAGCAUUAGCCUUCUUCUACAAGUAGCACUUCCAUGUUGUUUUUUUGCAAAAUCUUCAACAACUCUCACUCUACGAGGUGGAACGAAUGCGGAAAUGGCCCCACAAAUUGACUACACCACAGAAGUUUUUAAACCUAUAAUGGAAAAAUUCGGUGCCACUUUUGAUUUUGACUUGGUAAGGCGAGGAUAUUUUCCCAAAGGCAAUGGUGAAGUUGUUGUGAAAGUAAAUCCCAUAGAAAAAGUGUAUCCUGUUGAACUUAUUGAUCGAGGUAAUAUAAAUUCUAUUUAUGGAUGGAGUUUUGUUGCGGGAACUCUUCCUGAGAGACUGUCACAUCAAAUGGCUGAUAGUGCAGGAAGCAAACUGAGAAGUUUUGGUGAUGUUCGAAUUGAAAGGUAUAAAGAAGAUAGAAGCAUAGCACCAGAUACCGCUUCAGGAAUUUUGUUGAUUGCUGAAACAGAUACAAAAUGUGUUUUAGGAUCAUCUGCACUUGGCAGAAGAAAUGAAAAAGUCGAAGAGACUGGUAGAAGAGCUGCUGAAGAGUUGAUCAAACAGUUUGAAGAGGGUGGUUGCGUAGAUGAACACAGUCAAGAUCAAAUCAUUAUUUGGAUGGCUUUAGCUAAAGGGAAGUCAAGGAUACGAGUUGGCCAAAUCACAACUCAUACUACCACUGCCAUAUUCGUGGUGGAAGCAUUGACUGAUGUAAGGAUAAAAUUUAUUUCGGAGUUGGUGAUGAUGGGGGUUUGUUUAUGCAAAAUUUCAUCUACUUAUGUGAAGGUGUACUUGAAAUAUUCAUCCUUAUAAUAUAAAAGUAUUGAU